AUGCCUUCAAUGAGCCAUGACAAGCAGGAACAAUCGUUAAUGUUGAAGGCUGGAGCUAAGGAUUCAAAACAGCAAGUUCGAACGCGAUCCAGGACCAACUCGAGUAGUGAAGGAUCAGCCAAUUCCGGAUUGACAUCUGAAGUAAUGACACCAAAUGCGAGCCCAAGAAACAAAUAUACACACAUAACGAUUCUGAAAUCUUUGAACAACACUUUUGAAACCAAAAUACUGGUGGUACCUUUUAAACCGGACGGUUUGAAACUGGGCAGACCAAUUGCCAAUUCUACACUGCCACAAGGCGCAAAACAAGACCUGCAAUCGCAGGUGAGACCCGAUAACGGGAACUUUGAUUCGCGGGUGCUGUCAAGAAACCAUGCUUCUCUAAGUUGUGAGCCGUUUUCCGGGAAAAUCUAUAUACGGGACCUCAAGUCCUCCAACGGUACUUUUGUCAACGGAACGCGAAUUACGCAAAACGACGUGGAACUUCAAGUCGGGGAUAUCAUCGAUUUGGGAACAGAUAUCGAUGCCAAAUUCGAGCACCGCAAGAUCAGUGCUCUGGUAGAGGAUAUAUCUGUGAUUCCGCUGAUACACGACGAAGACGUCCUUCUCAACGGAGUCGACAGCACACUGGGGACGUCUUCUAACGGUUUGUCCGGCAAAAACCAUGCGGUCGCACCCAAUGCACAACGAGCAGCGUUUGCAGCUGCAAUGUUUGGAGACGUUAAUAAUCUCGAUCUGGAAGGGUCAUUGCUAGGAUCGGAAACAGAAGUUUUAAGUGGUAUAUUCAUCAAUAACUCCAUCGGAACAAGUCCGAACCUCAUCAAUGUGAUCAAGACUCUGGUUACCGAGAUAUCACUAGAGAAGCUUGAAUAUGAGAAAAUGAAGUCCAUUGAGAGGUUUUUGAUUCAGUUUUCCACUAGUUUCGAACACAUCAACAGGCUCCGAGUAGAGAAUAACGACCUGCAACUUGUGCAUUUACAGAACGCACUCAAGCAAAAACUUAAUGAGAAACACGAAGCAUCGGCCCUGGCGCAUGCAGAGCGGCUCAACGAGGUCAAACAAGAAAACAAACAUUUGCGGAACCAAUUGGUUGACGCCGAGAAGCAUGAGUCUGACGAGAUAGCAGGCUUGAAACGAGAAAUCGAAGACCUCAACACAAGACUCGAGGUGGAGAAGUUCAAGAACGCUCAACUACGAAAAAAUACAGAGGACUUGGGAGUUCCGACAAAACGUUCUCGGGAAGGACAGCCGUUGAGUACAGCCGACAACUUUUCGAAAAAAACUGGCGUAAAAAGAAACAGAUCCACAAUACUCUUGAGCGCUUUCACGAUAGGGGUUUUCGCAGCUGCGUUCCAAUACAGCUCGAAGAAAUGA